ACGCGGCGGGAGAAGACGGAGCGCAGAUCGCCCCCAAGUUACGGAGGCGGGGACCGAAUUCGAAGGAAAAGCCACUUCAGGAGCCAGGUCGCGAGAGUGCGAUCGCCUCCGUCUGCCGGACCUCCGGACCCAGUGGACAGGAAGGAGAAGAAGGCUGCCGCGAUGCCUGACUCCCCCGCGGAGGUGAAGACACAGCCCCGGUCCACGCCCCCCAGCAUGCCGCCCCCUCCACCCUCUGCAUCCCAGGGCACCACACGGCACUCCUCCUUCACACCCCACACAAAUCGAGAGGACGGGCCUGCGAUGUCCCUGCCCCACGGCCGUUUUCAUGGCUGCUUAAAAUGGUCUAUGGUCUGUCUUUUAAUGAACGGCAGCAGCCACUCGCCGACAGCCAUCAACGGCACCCCAUCCACGCCCAACGGCUUCAGCAAUGGCCCAGCCACCUCAUCCACAGCCUCACUGUCCACACAACACCUGCCCCCAGCCUGCGGGGCACGGCAGCUCAGCAAACUCAAGCGCUUCCUCACCACCCUGCAGCAAUUCGGCAGCGACAUCUCCCCAGAGAUCGGGGAACGCGUCCGCACGCUUGUGCUGGGGCUUGUGAACUCUACACUGACCAUUGAGGAGUUUCAUUCCAAGCUUCAGGAGGCCACCAACUUCCCACUGCGCCCAUUUGUCAUCCCUUUCCUGAAGGCAAACCUGCCCUUGCUGCAGCGUGAACUCCUGCACUGCGCCCGCCUGGCCAAGCAGACCCCUGCCCAGUACCUGGCCCAGCACGAGCAGCUCCUGCUGGAUGCCAACGCCUCUUCCCCCAUUGACUCCUCGGAGCUCCUGCUGGAAGUCAAUGAGAACGGCAAGAGGAGGACACCUGACAGGACCAAAGAGAAUGGGUCAGACCGUGACCCGCUGCACCCUGACCCCCUCAGCAAACGGCCGUGCACCCUGAGCCCUGCCCAGCGCUUCAGCCCCAGCAAUGGGCUGGCCCACCCCACGCCACCACACUACCGCCUCGAGGACAUGGCCUUGGCCCACCACUCCCGUGACUCCUAUCGCCACCCUGACCCCCGGGAGCUUCGGGAGCGCCAUCGGCAACUCAUGGUCCAUGGGUCACGGCCAGAGGAAGUGAUCGACCACAGGCUCACUGAGCGCGAGUGGGCUGAGGAGUGGAAGCACCUCAACAAUCUCCUGAACUGCAUCAUGGACAUGGCCGAGAAGACGCGGAGGUCACUCACCGUGCUGCGCCGGUGCCAGGAGGCUGACCGCGAGGAGCUCAACCACUGGGUCCGGCGCUACAGCGAUGCUGAGGACACCAAGAAGGGCCCCUCGACCACCACCGCCCGGCCCCUCAGCAGCUCGACAGGAGCAGAGGGGUCUCAGCUAGACGUGCACCGGGAGUUCAUGCCUAGGACCCUCUCCAGCUACAUGCCCGAGGAGAUCUGGAGGAAGGCUGAGGAGGCGGUGAAUGAGGUGAAGCGGCAGGCAAUGUCUGAGUUGCAGAAAGCUGUGUCAGAUGCCGAGCGGAAGGCCCACGAGCUCAUCAGCACAGAGCGCGCCAAGAUGGAGCGGGCCCUGGCCGAGGCCAGGCGGCAGGCCUCGGAGGAUGCCCUCACUGUCGUCAACCAGCAGGAGGACUCCAGUGAGAGCUGCUGGAACUGUGGGCGCAAGGCCAGCGAGACGUGCAGCGGCUGCAACGCAGCACGCUACUGCGGCUCCUUCUGCCAGCACAAGGACUGGGAGAAGCACCACCACGUGUGCGGCCAGAGCCUGCAGGGCCCCUCAGCCGUGGUGGCCGACCCGGUGCCAGGACAGCCCGUCGCGGGGCUGCCAGUAAUCCCGUUGCUCUGGGGUGGAGGGCGUCACACAUGGGGAGGGAGGAGGCGACCGGGUUAUUCCGACAGUAGCACGGAGAAGGAACGGAGAGACUUCAGGCGGGAGCGUGGCGCCAUCUGGUUUGUUUUAAAGCAGCGCUGUGACUGCUGUGUGGUGUCUCUCGUCUGA